AUGAAGACAGUGAAAUUCCUAUGGAUACCGCCUCACGUAGGAAUAGACGGAAAUGAAAAAUCCGAUCGAGCAGCAGCUACCGCGGUGACCGACGCCAAUCUAGAAAUAAUAAACACACCACAUACCGAUUUGAUGACUCUGGCAAAACAACACAUCUGUACUAUUUGGCAAAGCCAAUGGAACAAUAGCACCACCAAACUGCGGGAGGCUAUUUCAUAUGUGACGGAACACCUCAGUCUACCCAGAAGAAGACGCGACCAAGUGAUUAUCUCCCGUUUGUUAAUUGGUCAUACGCUAGUGGUACAUAAAUUCCUGUUCAGCAACGAAGAAGCCCCAACAUGCCAAACCUGCCAACUCCCAGACUGCAGACUUACCGUGAAGCAUAUACUCUUAGAGCGCACUGCCACGCAAGACGCACGAAACCAUGCUUGCAUGCCAGAAUCCAUAAAGGAAGCCUUCACCACGUACUACGAACGAACACUACAGUUUCUCAAAGAAUCCAAUACCUAUAGUUUAAUCUAA